AGCCCUGUAUGCUGUUUUUCAUUCUUCUUUGACUCGACCGUAUUGGUGUUUUUUCCUUGUCACAGUGGAGGAUGCAUCAGUAGAGGAAGACACGGAGCGUGGCAUUGUCAACUGUGAGAAGGCCAUCCCUUCCGGAGGAGGAACGGUCGAGAACACAAGAAAUCCGGCAAACCUCGGCCAGAGCCUGAAUGAAAACGGGGAGACAUCAAGAGAUCCAGGGCCUAGCCUCACAGACGUUCUUAUGCCGGAUCCGUUGCUUGAAAGCUCCCACCAGAGAUUGGCUCCCGAGGUGAAGCGGAGCAAGAGCUUCCCUCGGUCGACGCUAUCGUGCCUCGGCCGUCAGCAUAUGGGCGAGGUGCCUAGGAUUCGCAGGGACUACGAGAGAGAAGUUGCGGCCUUGAGAGUCAUCUACGAGGCUCUUGGAACUGUCUCGGAAGCCACAGCCCGCAAGCUACACAACAUUCGUAGCUCUAUCAAGAGGAGGUACACUGAGAUCUCGCCGUGGCAGUGGCAGCAAAUAAUUAAGAAUCGCCAGCACGGCAGAUACGAUACAAGCUCCGGCCCGAGCUUCCAAUUCUUGCGCGACCAAGGCAAAAGCUUCCAGAGCAUCGGUGAGUCAGCAUGUCGGCCCGGUGGCAAGGACCUAAACAUGGUCAUGACUCAAGUAUCACGGAGGUACAGUUACCCCAUGGAGACUAAGGAGCUCGAGGGUUUUAGGAGACGAGUGGCUGGGAGAAGAGCAGCAGCGCGAUCGAGGUUGUGAAGCCUUAGAAGUUCGUGAAGAUUUUGGCCCAUUACAUGCGGCUGUGGAGCAGCACUGAUGCUCGUCGUUUGAUCUACAUCAUGCCCCGAGAGAACAAUUUUGUUUUGCUGUAAAUAGACUGUUCAACUCGAUGACUAAACGCAUCUU